AUGGCUGGUGUUGACCACGCCUACCAGUAUUCAGUCGAGGUGAAGAGCAGGUUCUCACUGUUUCUGUAUGAUACCUUGAAUAGUGAGGACCCGGAUGUCCUGCUAUCCAAAUUACAAUCCAAAAGAGCAGAGAAAACUAAGAAGGAGAAGUCUCAUGAUCAGCCACAGCAACAACAGCAGGCUAAACCUGCCAAGGUUGAAACGGUAAAGAGCGAGACAACAGCUGAUACAGCGGUCCCGAAAGCUGCCACUCGACCUCCAAAGUCUCCAAGUGCCACAGAUCUACCACCGGUAUCAUCAGAGGAUGCACAGAUCUUCACAGUGAAGGAGACAGAGGAACUGACCAGCACUUUUGUUCGUGGCCGCGGAUCAGACAGUGGAGCGUCGCGUGGGAUGCGUGGAGGCAGAGGUCAGGAUCCACGGAUGGCUCCAACGGAGCCACCCCUUGACUUGGCAGGCGAUGUGAAUGCGCCCAGAGGGUCUGGUUUCGAAUCAAGAGGACGUGGAAGAGGCCGAGGAAGGGGAACGCUUGGUCGCGGACGUGGUAUGCAGUUCAACUCAUAUCGGGAUUUCGACCAUCAGAGUGGUCCUGGUCGCCAAGGUCCGAGACAGUAUGGUAGGAGAGAUGGGAACUGGAACCCACAGGAUGUGAACGCUCAGGCUAAACCAUACUCAUUUUAA